AUACAUAACUAUAUAAAGUGUGCAGUUUUGGAUCUUUAUUGGUAAUCAGUCUUUCACUUCUGCCUCUCCACUCCCAUGCCUUUCUUGGUCGGACCAACCCAACCGGCGAUUUCCGACAAGUCUUUCUGCUUAGAGCAAGAAGCGGGGAACCAAAAUAAAGCUUUCUUUAUUUUCAUUUAUGGAUAACCAAUCCAUUUUCCAAUAUAGUUGGGAGAUUUUACCCAAGAAAUGGGUACAUAAAAUGAAAAGAUCGGAACAUGGGAAUAGAUCUUAUACCAAUACUGACUACCCAUUUCCAUUGUUGUGCUUUCUAAAAUGGCAUACCUAUACAAGGGUUCACGUUUCGAUCGAUAUUUGCGGAGUGGAUCAUCCCUCUCGAAAACGAAGAUUUGAAGUUGUCCAUAAUUUACUGAGUACUUGGUAUAACUCACGCAUUCGUGUACAAACAAGUGCAGACGAAGUAACACGAAUAUCUCCGGUAGUCAGUCUAUUUCCAUCAGCCGGCCGGUGGGAGCGAGAAGUAUGGGAUAUGUCUGGUGUUUUUUCCAUCAAUCAUCCGGAUUUACGCCGUAUAUCAACAGAUUAUGGUUUCGAGGGUCAUCCAUUACGAAAAGACUUUCCUCUGAGUGGAUAUGUGGAAGUAUGCCAUGAUGAUCCAGAGAAACGUGUGGUUUCUGAACCCAUUGAGAUGACCCAAGAAUUUCGCUAUUUCGAUUUUGCUAGUCCUUGGGAACAGCGUAGCGAUGGAUAAUUCCGAAUCUACAUAGGUCUAGUCCAGGGGACAAAUCAAUAGGAAAUGCUAUUUGCUUCUUAAGAAGAAGAAUUUUUUUUGAAAUGAAAGAGUUUCCACGGGCGUCGGAUAUCAUUUCUUCAAAUAAGGAAGAAGUGUUAUCGAAGGAUUUCCUUCCAUUCUUCCUAGUAUGGAAGAAGUAAAGAAAAAGUGCUGCGUCUCGAUCUAUACGAAAGGGCACUGGUUUUUUCUUUCGGUUUCAUUGAUAGCAGAAGAGUACGCUAGCUAGCGGAGCCUGAAAACGCUUGCUUGCGCCC